AUGGACCAACUUGCAGACAAAGUCUUCCACUACAAAGACAAGGAGCAUUCCUCCAACCUGCUGCAGCAGCUCAACAGACUGAGGCAGGAGAACAUCCUGACUGAUGUGUCACUGUGUUCAGAUAACACAGAGAUAACGUGCCAUCGUAAUGUGCUGGUCUCCAGCAGCCCCUACUUCAGAGCCAUGUUCUGCAACAACUUCUUGGAGAGACAACAGACCAAGAUUUACUUGAAGGGCAUCCCAUCAGCCAUUCUGAGCAGUAUAAUUGACUAUGUUUACACAGGACUCAUUAGUAUCAGCAUGGAUAUUGUACUGCCUCUGAUGCAGGCGGCAUCCAUGUUGCAAUAUGGCAGCAUUUUCGAGGCCUGCUCAAGCUUCCUUCAGGAGCAACUGAGCCCUGACAACUGUUUGAGCAUGAUAAGACUCGCUGAAAUCAUGAAUUGUAACAGUCUGAGAGACAGAGCAAAGGAGAUGGCAAUGAAGAGCUUCUCUGAUGUGUCAGCAUCUGAGGAUCUGUGUGAGCUCUCCUUACCUGAGCUCAUGGAAUACCUGGAGGAUGAUGGUCUUUGUGCGGAGGAGGAGCAGGUGUUUGAGACUCUUGUUGCUUGGAUCCACCAUGAUCCUUUAUCUAGGCGUGGUGCCAUAAGUGACCUUUUCAAGAAAGUUCGCCUUCGCCACAUCCAUCCCACCUACCUCUUCCAAUUCAUUGCUAACGACCCUCUGAUCCAGUCCUCGACCCUCUGCAUCGAGCUCAUAGAAUCUGUGAGACGCCUGAUGUUUUCUGUCAGCACAAAAUACAUAGGAGGGACAGUGGUUGACUUCAAAUCUCUCUGGGUAGCACCAAGGCGUUACUCCUACCAUGAUAUGUUGGUGGUGGUAGGAGGCAGAAAGAACAACGAGCAGACCUCAAGGGAGGCCCUCGUCUUUGAUGAGAAUAGCGAGAAGUGGCAGCGGCUCGCCAAGCUGCCCAUUCGCCUGUAUAAAGCCUCCUAUGUCGCCCUUCACAGUGUCUUAUAUGUUAUCGGAGGCCUGAUCACAAACACAAAGUGCAGCCAAGUCAGUACGACUGUCUACACCCUCUCCCUCAAGACCAACCAGUGGCGGAUGACAGAACCCAUGCUGGAGCCACGUUUCGCCCACCAGAGUGUCUCCUACCUCCACUUCAUCUUUGUCCUGGGCGGCAUUGGGCCUGACAGACGACUGAAGAACAGUGUGGAGAGGUACAACAGUAUGUUCAACCAAUGGGAGUCUAUGGCACCCAUGCCUGAGGCUGUGAUGCACCCUGCAGUGGCUGCUACUAACCAGAGGAUCUACGUGUUUGGUGGAGAGGAUGCCAUGCAGAACCCAGUCAGAAUAAUACAGGUGUAUCACAUUGCCAGGAACAUGUGGUCUAAGAUGGACAACAGAACAGUGAAGAAUGUGUCUGCUCCUGCUGCCGUAAUGGAUGACAAAAUCUACAUCAUUGGAGGAUACACCAGGAGAAUGAUCGCAUAUGACACCAAAGCCAACCGGUUCAUCAAGUGUGCCAACCUGAAGGAGAGGAGGAUGCACCACUCGGCCACCGUUCUCAACAACAAACUCUACAUUAUUGGCGGACGUUAUGUCAAUGGCCACGACGUCAUUGAGGACUCAGACAAUUUUGAGUGCUAUGACCCAAAGACAGACACUUGGACAUCUAAGGGGACUCUGCCGUAUAAACUGUUUGACCACGGCUCCUUGACUCUGACCUAUGUCUCAUAGACAUGGGCAAAAUCAUAGCUGAGGUCAGUCAAUUGUCAUUCAAAAAGUAUUCAUGCAGAAAUAAUUACUAAUUAUAAAUAGGGUGCUUUCAUUUUGUAGCAGAUCUCCACUGUUCAGGCUUUCAUGAGGGAUGGACUUGAUACAUACCUCAAUAACUCAAAUAUUCAGGUGUAUAUAGAAGACUUUCGAUACCUGUUACUUUCAAUAUUCCAUGUCUUUUCUAUGUUAUUAUUUAACAAGCAAACCCAUGAAAACAAUCUAUCCUGCUGCACAGCCCCGUCUUAACCUGUCUGACUUCACCAAGGGUGAAAGUGCUGUUUUCGGCCUGCUCUAAAUCAUGAGAUUUCACUUGUCAUGUUUAAAUCCAGAGGCUGUGUACUGUGUGGUGCAAUUCAAAGCUAUGCUCAGCUGUUAGGUCUGAAUCUGCUGCUCUGUCUGGUGAACUUUGGGAUCACUGUCUGUAGCUUCAAUGCAAAAUGAUGAAUACAUUAUUGUGAUACCAUUGUUACCAAAUAUUUCCAUGCAGUGAUGAAAAGGAAUUUGUUUAAAAUUUAGGAUUAUUCUAUUUUUCUUAUUUUUGAAUUUUGUAUUUUUUUCACAGCUUCUUGGCCAAUUACCCUUGUAUGAUAUAAUGCACAACAAAGUCCUGUAUCAUCAUAUACAUAUCUACUGUAUGCUGAAAUAAUAAAAUUGUAUAUUUAUUAGGAUUCAAUGCUACCAUUUUUAAAGGGUUUCUGAUGUUUUUCUGCUGCUUCUUCUGGUUUUAACUUAAAUUGAUUUUUACAAUAAAAAGUCGAUUCACA